UUUGUCUCCAUACUCGACUCAGCUACGCGACAUGCGUCAUCCAUUUGGGCACUAGGCGUGUCCAUAAUGCCUCUCCCGGAGUAAACAGCCAGGUAGUCAAAUAGGUUAAAAUGUGUAGCAUGUGGCGGUUCCAUGGAAAAGAGACAUGUUAAAUGAUGGCCUAUGUAUCUAUUAUUUACUCUAAGCAGUCUCAUGUAAACUACGUGUCGAGUUGUCUUGUGUCAUAGCACGUACAACAGGUAGUCAGGUAAACUGCUGACAUUGGCAACCAAGCUUUUGUUUAACAUGAAAUCGGGCUAUACAGCAGGAAUAAUCAUGAAGGCAUUCUCAGUUGCAAUUUUUCUUCUUCUGUUCAUGGAUCAGACAGCAAAUGGACGCUCAGAUAAAACUACUGUAAUUAAAACUCUGGGGGCGAAUAUUCUACUUCCGUGUUGGAACACUGCUAUGAACGUGACUCCCUCCUUCACGCGAUGGAUGCAGAAUGGACAGGUUAUCAUUGGCCGAAAUCAUUCCAUAAUUCUAACUCCUUCAAGUGAAGGGCACCUGACGAUAAUGUACAAUCAAAGCUUGUACAUCAAUGGACUAGCUUUAUCAGAUGAGGGGAUAUAUCUUUGUGAUUCCUUACCCCAUGACAACAACACUCAAACUAGUCUGACAUUGCAAAUAGUCUAUGGUCCUGGCAAUGGCAUCACAGACAUCCACCCAGCCACAACCCUUUCCAAUGGAACCCUCAUCGUCCACAGGGGUUCCACGGUGUUGUUCAACUGCUCCAGCUGGUCCUAUCCCUCCCAGCGUCUGUCCUGGGGGUUUCAGGGUGUGGUGUCCAGAAACGACUCCCUGACAGCGGGCAGUGGGUCCUGGCUGAACUUCAGGAUAGAGGACAUCCAACCCACAGCUCAGGGGAACUACAUAUGUAGAGCCCAGAACUCAGUUUCCCAGAAGGAAGUUGGCUGGAGCAAAGAGCUGCUUGUAUACUAUUCCCCAGAGAAGCACCCGGAGUGUCAGUGGAAGAUUGGGAAGGACCCGUCCCAUGUCCAGUUUAACUGCAGCUGGUUUGGAGGCUACCCCUCUCCCACAUUACUCUGGGGGGAGAAACAUCAAGUGCCAUCGAGCCAGGUGGCUGGACAGCUGAUGGAGUCGGAGGUGACAGACCGUCUAGUGGUAAAUCUGAACAGGUCGUUGUUGUUCGAGGGGCAGACGCUGAAGUGUGAUGGGCAUCAUCCUAUGAUUAGUACAGAAGACGAGAAGUUCUGCUCCUUCACGCUCAAGUCUCCUUAUCCUGAAGGGGAACCACUGGUCACAGCUCUCGAAGGCACCAACAUCACAUUAACCUGUAAAGAGUCCAGCUCCCUGCCUCCAGCCCUCACCACCUGGCAGAGGACAGCACAGCAGGAGGACGUGGUACCCAGCCCCAAGUAUGUCCUGUCACGACAGGGCCCCACCUUCACCCUCACCAUAGUCAACAUCACCAAGCAGGACGAGGGCUUCUACUUCUGCAGGAGCGAGAACCCACUGAUGGUCCGCGAGCUGGAGAUCUAUUUAACAGUUAAAACCUCAUCUCAAUACACUGGAGCAAUCAUUGGGAUAUUCCUAGCCAUUUUGAUCGUAGGAUCUGGGAUUGUUAUCGCUAAAACAGUAUAUUCCAGCCGUGACCGAAUUUGCCUGGGUAAUGGAUUUGAGCGAAUGGAGGAGGACAGGGAAGAUGUGUUGAGCCUGGUAGAGUCCGAUGAAGAGGUGUUUCCUGAAGCAGUACCCAGACUGCCACCUCUAUCUCUGACUAACGGACACAACACUACUACACUUGUACAAAUACAUCAAAUCUCAUCCAAUGACCAUGAAGAUGAAGAAAUUGUUGAACAUCCAUUACAGCUAGAACAUACAGAUAUGGAAGAACUUGUCACAUUUUAGGUGUUGGAAGAUUGAUAUUCUUUAAAACAUUACAUAAAAACAAAGAGAACAUUUUACUACCUAUGAAACUGUGAAAAAAUGUGUAAUUAUUGGUGGUUGGCUUUCACAGUAGCCGAUGUAUGGGUCAGCUUUUUAUCAUCCAUUUCACUUUUUUGGCUGAUGAAUUAAUAAUUAACAGGGUUAUUUAAAUGAAUUGUUGCCAUUCGUCUCAAAUGACAUUUUUCACAAUAAUGUAACAUUUCAUAACAUUUUGUAUCACUCAAACACAAAAUAAACCUGAAUAAAAUAAAGCAUAGGCAGGGUGAGUUGCACCCCUAUUUGCCCUCA